AUGUCGAGCGCUUCUCCCUCGGUCACUGCUCCCAUCUCGGGUCCCCGGUCGGCUCGCGUCGGUGAGCCACCCGCGCCGUCCGCAUCGCUCGUCGCAAAGUACAGAGGCGCAACCGUCGAGGAUCUUCAGGUGCCUCCUGCUAUCUCGGUGCCGCGUUCCACCUCCAUCGCAUCUGCCCUGCGUGUCGCUCUCGACCAUGACUACUCGCAAUUGCCUCUGGUCAGCGACAAGAACCGCAAAUUGCUCGGAUAUGUUCAGAAGGACCGCCUCGAAGAACAGCUCAAGAGCGGUAAUAGCGACAAGUCGGUGGCUACGAUCAUGACCAAGUUUUCCAGCGGGGCAUCUGCGGCUUCGCCUUCUGCUGGUGCAACGGCAGCUACUUACACGGUCAUCACACCGGACACGGGUCUCGCCGAGCUCGAGGUGUUCUUGCAGUCCCAUCCUUUUGCAUUUAUCACGGACCCGGGUAGGGCGUUUGUCCUUGGUGUAGCGACACAAGAGGAUCUCUCCAAGUACGUCUCGAGGCGAGGGCUGGAUGGUACGCGAUCUGGAGCCGCCACACCGACACAAGCUACCACCUCCACCCCCGCUGCUGCCGGUGCGGUUUCUCAAGACAACGAUGAGCCCAUGCCGUCCACUUCUGUCGGCGUAUCUGAGGGACAGGCGGCCGCAUCUUCCUCAUCAGCCGCCGCUGCUGCCGCAGUUGCCUCCUCCUCGUCAUCGCAAGCUCCAGCGCUCUCGCGCCGAGAGGAAGAGGAAUCUAGAAAAGACCGCACGCUCGCGGAGUUCAUGCAGCUGCUCGACGGAUACACACCUUUGAUACCCGACCAGGUCACCGACUUUUACCUGGAAAAGGUCGGCUUCGAAUGCCACGAUGUACGACUCAAGAGACUCUUGUCUUUGGCGGCAGAGAAGUUUGUUAGUGACAUCGCGGCGGACGCGUUCCAGUAUGCCCGUAUCCGUACUAACGCUGGUCCGGGAGGGCGUCCGCGUGGCCAGGUAGCAGCGGGUGGAGCGGGUGCGGGAGGCGCUGCGGCUGGCGGUGCUGCAGGUGCGGGUCUUCCUGCUGGUGCGAGGGAUCGUUCAAGGACAGUGCUGACCAUGGACGACCUGUCCGCUGCGUUGGGCGAGUACGGGAUCAACGCUCGUCGCGCCGAGUACUUCCGCUAG